CCCUUUUGAAAGCACCUUUCCAACCAUGGUGAAUUCUUGAACUCAUUAAUGUGCUCUACUAGUAAUGGAAUCCUCAUGGAAUAUGGUUUUAUUUGGAAAUAAAUAAAAACCACUACAAUUGAUGUCAGGUGGGCUGCACCUGAACAAGUUUGUAAUGGUUACUCUUGGGGGGCUGAUCACUUAUCCAAACCAGCUCAUAGUGGAAAAGACUGCUGAUCAUCCGUCUGCAGAGUUCUCCCUGGUUGAGGAUGUGGCCCUUCACUGUACGUUUUUGAUGGACAGGCUAAACAAGCAACGUCUGUUCCAACCAGACCUAUGUGAUGUGGACAUCGUCCUCCUACACCACCAGACCUCUUUUCAGGCCCAUAAGGGUGUACUAGCAGCCUACAGCCCCUUCUUCCACUCACUCUUUGUCUGUAGUAAGGAGCUGCAGCGAGUGGAGCUCUCUCUCGAGGCUCUUACGCCACAAGGCUUUAAGCAAAUCCUGAACUUCAUCUACACUUCCAAACUCCUGGUAACCAGCUGCAAUGCCCAGGAUGUGUUCAAGGCUGCCACUGUGCUACAGAUGAGCAACAUUGCCACUUCCUGUAGCGAGCUCAUUACCAGAAACUCGUUGGGAAUCAGUCCUAGUGUAGACCAAGCCAAACAGGAAACCAGUUCUCAUAGCUGGAGCAAUAGCGACAGUAACUCGGUGAUCUCUAACAUUCUCAUGGAGAUCAAGCAAGAGAAGGACCCUACCUGUGCCAAGAUCUAUGUAGGGAAAACUGAAGGAAGCCCAUUUGCUGGGCUGGUUGGUGAUGGGUGUCCAGUAAGUGUACAAUUAAGUGCUUGUAAAGGAGAAGGCAAAACCGAAGGGUCAAAGGAAUCUGAGGAUCUUGCUUCAUUUAAUAGAAAGCAAAUUAUUGUCGAGCUGAAUUUGAACAAUCAAACCCUUAAUGUUUCCAAAGGUUUAGAGUGCAGUUUUCCCAACACAGCUGCUCAAUCUCCCUCAGGGGAGCAGGUUCCUGGAAAAGCAAGGAUGAAUGAUCGAAUUGUUGGGGAAUGUAGAGAUAAUGUAGCAAUGGAGAAGGAAGAAGAGGAGGGUGAGCACAGUGAAGAAGAUGAUGUGGGAUUUGGAGACACCAGUGAGGAGGAAGGCCAUACAUUACCUGUGUUCAUGUCUGAAAGACCCCUACCACAAACUCGUGACUCCGUUAAUGCAAUAGCGAUGGUCUCCAAGAGAACCAUUGUGAAAGCGAGGCAAGAGAAAGGUCAUGGUGGGAGCAGUGAGGAGCAGAACGAUAGGUUGGAGAUUCAGAGCUUUCAUUGUGUGAGGUGCCCCAAUAUCUUCAACAACCAUGGGUACUUGGAGAAACACAUGAACAUGACACAUAACCACAUGCAGAUCUGUUACAAGUGUGGUAAACGCUUCCUCCUGGAAAGUGAACUACUGCUACAUCAGCAGACAGACUGUGAGAAGAGCAUACAGAAGAAAGAAAAUCAUACACAGCUGGAAUGGCAGAUGAGUGAGAUGAGAUCGUUUUCAUUUUG